GAGUGUGUGUGUGUAUACACAGCAACCACUCUCCAGUCUCUCUGAGACGUCUCCAGAUUUGUUAGUUUUGGGAAAAUUUACAUGUGGAAAUUCUCCUGAGUGUUCUUUACCUUGGUUAAGAGUUUCACAGGGUGCUUUAUAUCAAGGAAAAUGGGAGCUCUUAUUGCUAAGAUGUUGCUGCCAACCAUUAGCAGUCUGGUGUUUUUGCCUGCAGCCAGUGUUGCCACAAAAAGAGGCUUCCAAAUGGAGGCCAUGGUCUACUUCUUUACCAUGUUCUUCACGUCGAUUUAUCAUGCCUGUGAUGGACCAGGCCUGUCUGUUCUAUGCUUCAUGAAAUAUGAGAUUUUGGAGUACUUCAGCGUUUAUGGUACAUCAAUCUCGAUAUGGGUUACAUUAUUAGCGCUAGGAGAUUUUGAAGAGCCUAAGCGUUCCACGCUCACCAUGUUUGGAGUGCUUACCUCUGCUGUGAGAAUAUACCAGGACCGCUGGGGCUAUGGUAUCUACUCCGGCCCCAUCGGCACAGCUGUGCUCAUGAUCACAGUCAAAUGGUUACAAAAAAUGAAAGAAAAGAAGGGCCUGUACCCAGACAAAAGUGUGUACACUCAGCAAGUGGGACCAGGAUGCUGCUUUGGAGCCCUUGCAUUGAUGCUUCGCUUCUAUUUUGAGGAGUGGGACUAUGCUUACGUGCACAGUUUUUACCACCUUUCAUUGGCUGUGUCCUUCGUUCUAUUGCUACCGAAGAAGAAUCGCUACGCAGGGACGGGACGCAAUGCAGCCAAACUUAACUGCUACACACUCUGCUGCUGUACAUCCCAACCUCCAGUAAAAGCGAAUGCUCGUACCAUUUGGAUGACACCCCAAAAGCCCUGGACGCGUGUCUGCAGUCCUGGCCUUCCAUUUGGCCGCUCCCAGCCACGCACAAUGUAACACGCAAAGAUGCCUGCUACCAGAAAUCCAACAGUGAGGACAGUUACUGUAUAUGACCAUCAGGCAAGCCAAGAAUGUGUGAGGCGAAAUACUCAACCACUACAACACAGACUUUAAUGGGACGGGAUGCAAUGCAGCCAAACUCAACUGCUACUUACUCUGCUGCUGUGCAUAAAGUCCCUUUAUGAUGACACUAAUUUUUUGUAGCGGUAGGGUUAAAAAGCAUGGUGUUAGUUAAACAGUAGUGCACAAAAUAUUUAUUCAUUGAGCAUUAACUGUAGACGCUUAAAGAAAUUUUUGACUGGUUUGAUCACAGACAUCUCAACCUCCAGUAAAAGCGAAUGCUUGUACCAUUUGCCCCAAAAGCCCAAAAGUGCCUGCAGUCCUGGCCUUCCAUUUCGCCACUUCCAGCCACGCACAAUGUAACACGCAAAGAUGUCUGCUACCAGCAAUUCAACAGUGAGGACAGUUAUAUGACCUUCAGGCAAGCCAAGAAUGUGUGGGGCGAAAUACUCAACCACUACAACACAGACUUUAAUGUUGAAAAAAUGGCCUUGUAAAGUUUAAAGCAAACGGCUACUAAAGGCAUUGCCUUCGAAUGUGUAGACAUAUGAAGUGGUGUUAUAAAACCAGGUAGUCACAGGGUUACUAAGAAGGCUGAGGUCCAGCUGGAAGGUUUAUGAGUCGCGAAACAUAGCAGACAUUUUAUUUCUCCAGAAUGAAUAAAUUGUCUUUUAAGAUGUACCUCAGGAGAGAUUGCUUGUCUACAUUUCUCUAAGAGAAAUGGCCAUUAAAUGCAGCUAAAAAUGCUGAAAAAUACCAGAACUAAAAAAAAAAAAAACCUACCAAAUCUUAUUCUUCAUAUUUAUUGUCAUGUCAUUUGGUACAGCAGCCAUCUCAACACAGCUGAAAUAAACUAAAAUGUUCCAGGAACAAGAAGCAAACAAUCAUUCUGAUGUGUCUUGCAGCAGGUGGAAAGUAGCGUGUUUAUUCCAGUCUAUUAAGAGUCGUUUUUUUUCCACUAUGAAAUGAACAUUAUGAAUAACUGUGUAAAUAUAUUUAUUUAUUGUAA